UCGUCUUCCGGUUUCCUUCCAGCUGUUUCCUGUCCCUCCUCCUGGUGGCAGCAGUCGUCUGGAAGAUCAAACAGAGCUGCUGGGCGUCACGGCGACGCGAGCAACUUCUCCGUGAGAUGCAGCAGAUGGCUAGCCGGCCGUUCGCCACCAUCAACGUUGCCUUGGAAACGGACGAGGAGCCGCCCGACCUGAUUGGUGGAAACGUCAAGACGGUACCCAAGCCCAUCGCCCUGGAGCCGUGUUUUGGGAACAAGGCUGCUGUCCUCUCCAUCUUUGUCCGUUUACCCAGAGGCACCGGGGGCAUACCCCCGCCCGGUCAGUCUGGUCUAACGGUGGCCUCGGCCCUGGUGGACGUGUCUCAGCAGAUGUGUCUUGGUUACAAGGACAAGUCAGGUGGUCUGAGGAACAGGAAGCAACAGCCCUCUGUACAGCCCUCCACCUGUAUCUGACCACACCCCCUGGACCCCGCCCUGCUCCACCCUAACCCCUUCCCCCACCCCAAAGACUAUAACCCCCGAACUGAAGGAAGAGAAGGAGGGAGAAAAGGGGGAGAGGGCAGGGGGGAGAGGAACCACGGCUUCAUCGCUGCUAGAGGAGAGGUCUAUCUGUCUGUCUGGUGUCCACCGGGGUGUAACUGAUGAUGCUAACAGUCUCCUGUUAGAAUCUCUCUUAGGGUGUAACUGGUGAUGCUAACCGUCUCCUGUUAGAAUCUCUCUUAGGGUGUAACUGGUGAUGCUAACAGUCUCCUGUUAGAAUCUCUCUUAGGGUGUAACUGGUGAUGCUAACAGUCUCCUGUUAGAAUCUCUCUUAGGGUGUAACUGGUGAUGCUAACCGUCUCCUGUUAGAAUCUCUCUUAGGGUGUAACUGGUGAUGCUAACAGUCUCCUGUUAGAAUCUCUCUUAGGGUGUAACUGGUGAUGCUAACAGUCUCCUGUUAGAAUCUCUCUUAGGGUGUAACUGGUGAUGCUAACAGUCUCCUGUUAGAAUCUCUCUUAGGGUGUAACUGGUGAUGCUAACAGUCUCCUGUUAGAAUCUCUCUUAGGGUCAGUUUUCCUUCUGUUUUCUUCUUCUGGUGAGACCACACUGCUGCUCUGGUUCUCCCCUUUCUAUGCCUCUCCUCCCCUCCACUCCACUCCUCCCCUCUCCUCCCCCUGUCUCCCCUUCUCUACCCCUCUCUACCCCUGCUCUCUCCUCUCUACCACUCUCUACCCCCUUGUCUUCCCUUCUCUACCCCUCUCUACCCCUGCUCUCUCCUCUCUACCACUCUCUACCCCCUUCUCUACCCCUCUCUACCCCUGCUCUCUCCUCUCUACCACUCUCUACCCCCUUGUCUUCCCUUCUCUACCCCUCUCUACCCCUGCUCUCUCCUCUCUACCACUCUCUACCCACUGCCUCCCCUUCUAUACCCCUCUCUACCCCUUCUCUCUACUCUCUACCCCAGCAGCAGAACUCCCUCUAUACCUCGCAGGGACAGACAAGCUGGGGGACAUUUACGUUUCAUUACAUUUAGUAAUAAUCACACAAUGGGGAAAAGAUUGUUCUCUGUAAAUGAAUGUAGGCCUAUGGCAAGAGAGACUGUUGUCAAAGGCAAC